AUGCAGCUAGAUGUAGGGUUUGAGUUCGUUUUGGAUUUGCACUUGUGCUCCAGAAAAUGGACAACUGUGAUCUGGAGAAGCUCUCCUCCUCGUCCGGCGUUCACUCCACAAGUUACCGACUACAGAGCGACGGUGGAGAGCCGAGAGCAGCGGGCUUGCCUGCCGGCGGUGGUGGCGGCGCCGCGGGACACGCUCCCUGUGUCUCUUGGGUCCGGCCCAGCUGGAUCAGUACGACCGCGACCCCAACUCAGAGGGGUCAAUGGAAGCCGUGAGCGGGGCCUCAGCUUCCAGGCGAGCGUGGAGCUGGAGCAGCAGACUCUGAGCGGAGAGCCCCCGGUGCAGCUGAGCAGAACCUCACGCAACGACGUUCUUCUUGGUCAAAGGACUCGGUUCUACUUCCUGUUUGUGUCCAGAGCCACGUCCCCCACGUCUCUCGGCUGGGUUUGGCCCGCGUCCUCUGCCGAGCUGCUCCAUCGAGAGCUCCAUGAGUGGCUGCUGGAGCCGUCGGACCCCCGGGCCGCGGUGAAACUCUGCUGCCGGUUCCCCCUGCGGCCCGGCAGAGCUUCACGGGGAGAUCGUCCGCCUGCUGAUGGCGCUGCAGCUGUACGACCACGAGCAGCUGGGCCCGAGCAUCGUGGCACGCGGCAGGGUCACGGGCCUGCGUGAGUCCUGGCUGCCGUCACACCGUAGUCAUGGUUACGACCCAGCACGUUUAAGACGUUUAAUAUCUUUAGAGGUUGAAUGCGGUUUUAUCACAUGAUGUCUGACACGUUUGAUUUGAAAAGGAAGUGAAGAAACUCGUCAAACAACGUGACGCGAGGCUCUUCGCGUGUUCCAGCGCCCGGGUCACGAUGCCACGCCACUGAGGUUCACGUGGUCGCCUCGCCGUUGGCAGGUUCCAUCGACAGAUACAUCGACGUGCUGCACGAGUCGAGGACCGAGCUGCUGAGGAGCGUCUUCACCGGGGAUCCACGCCGGAGAGGAGGACGAGCCGGAGCUUCAGCUCCCGAUGCGGGUCAGCUUCCUGUUUGAGGGCCUCUAUGGUGGACAGAUACAGUGAUCCUCUGCGGUUUAUAAAGAAGACAUUGAAAACAUGUUUUGUCCAAAGGCACUUUAAUCCCUCAAUAAAAAACAUUUUAAAACUAAAACUGUAAAAAAAAAAAAAACUUCAUCCUCUAACGGUGCAACAAAA